UGUGUCUCUUCACUCUUAGACUCUCAGCUGAAGAAGUGUCUUUAGAAUAAAUCUCUUGACAUUUAUUUUGGUCCUUCGUAGCCGGGGCAGAAACAUCAGAACUGUUAUCUGUGACUCUGUUCCAGGAUCCAGCACUGAUUCCUGACGCCGUGGGAAGCCAGCACCGAAGUCUGUGCACAGCCCUCUUAGACGAGGCCGAAAGCCCUGGAACGUGUGAAUUCGGGUCCAGGCCGGUGUUUUUAGUCUGGUCCACGGCGGUGGGAUUCAGUCUGACGAUCCGAAUCACCAGUGAGACGUCUGAGGGUGAGAGAAACACUAUUUUGUGAAACGGCCACGAAGGUUUUAAGAAACGCGUAAAAUGAAAUGAUAAAAUAGGUUAAGUUCGCCAAAAGGCCAAAAGAACUAAGUUUAGACCAGUUUCAGAGGUAGCCGAAAUUAUCUCGUGACAAAUUAUUUAAGAAACGCGUAAAAUAGGUUAAGUUCGCCAAAAGGCCAAAAAGAACUAAGUUUAGACCAGUUUCAGAGGUAGCUGUUAAAUACUUCGUAACAAAUUAGCGCGCAAAUGUCUAUCUGUGUGUAUGUGUGUAUGUGUCUAGAAGUAAGUUGAUUUUACAGCACAAUACGCUGCUGAACUACUUCUAUUUUAUUUGUUUUCUUUGCUGAGGCUCACGUACUGGUGACUAAGGAGAACGGUUGGGUUUCAUCUCAUAAAACUGGUACCGCUUCACCUAUAGGGUGAAGUAGAAGGCCGUAUCAGUAAACCACUCUGGAGUCAAGCGUGCCAGUGACAGCCCAGCAAAAUCUUUGACAAUGGGGAAUAAACAAGCACAAUUAACGCCUGAUGAGGAAUGGUUAGAAAAACAGCAAACCGGAGCAGGUAGAAUAAGUGCAAAUAGGUGGAGAAAUCCACAAAAAGCUAAAAACCACAGCUGGGAAGGGAAAUGCAAUCCCUCAGCUGUUACCCAGCUGAGAGCUGCCCUGAAACAAGAAAUUACAUUAACAAUAGACCCAAAGAAAAAAUUAAAACGUAAGGAAGAAUAUAAACUUUUCCAAGCAUGGGAAACUGAAGCUGAAAAGAGAACUGAAAAAAGAAAAAAGAAAGAGGAAAAGAAAAAACAAUUAGCAGCAGCUUUAAUAACCCCUGAUGAUGAAACUAUAAAGCAGGCACGUGCUGAACAGAGAUCGCCACUGACAGACCCACAUAACUCUCUUUUAAAUCCCUCCGUUAAACCUUUCACACCAGCUGCAGAAAAAACAACCAGCACUAAACCAAAAAAAUCUAGUUUUAAACGAUCUCCCAUAGUGACAAGAGCAAUGAAAAUUAAAUUUGACAAUGCAUAUGAGAAUGCACAAACAAUGUUAACCGAGCAUGAGAAAGAUUUUCAUCCAGGGAAUGAUCAUGGCUCUGACGAAGGGUGCGAUGGUUGUGGUUCACGCCCAGAACCACCGCCGCCAUCCACACUAGCAUGUCCAUUAGUUGAAGUAGCAAACCCCAGAUAUGGCACACUCUUAGGUGAUGGUCAGGGAGGAGGCAGGGAUAACAGACCCACAAUCUUCGUUUACCGCCCGUGGACACACAAAGACAGACAAAAUGUAAUAAAAGGCAUUCCACUAAUACAGGAAGGAUACGAACCGUGGCAAGCUGCCGUGCGUGAAGUAAUUACCCAGUGGCACCUAAACGGUCACGAGGUAAUGCAAUUAUUCCAGGACUGCCUAGGGCUCUCCUGGGGAAGGAUUAGGGGAGACUUUACCGGCUCCCUACCAGAUGGUACAGCGUUUCCCCCAGGUCAUGUUGACCUCCAAGCAGCAUUAAUACCUGUGUUUGACAGGGCCCGUCAACAACUAGCGCCAAGAGCCAACUACGGUAAAAUAGGGCAAGUUAAACAGAGUGACACAGAAAACCCACAUGAAUAUAUGGACAGGCUGAGGCCCGUUUUCAGACAGAACUCAGGUCUAAAUUAUGCUGAUGACCCACAAUCACCAUAUCAGCAACAAUUUAAACGUGCUUUUAUUAAAGGAUUACUGCCAAGUAUUAGGUCUCAUGUAGAAAAAUAUUGGGUAACACAAGAUACAGGCACAGUAGAUGAGGCGCUUCAAUAUGCUAAUCAUGCACAGACAGUAGUGAAAAAUAAAGAGAAGACCUCAGUUUUUGCCCUAGACACUGACACUGCUUUUACAGCUUUUAGUGGGAGUGGUGACUACAGGGGAGGUUUUAGAGGCCAAAAAAGAGGGAGAGAAAUGCAUAGGAGAGGAGCAAGAGGUAAAGGCAGGUUUAGACGUACACCAAACAAUGGUUUUAACUCUGCAUGCUGGGAGUGUGGGAAAAGGGGACACCUUGCACGUGAUUGUGGGACACAGAGAACGCCCGACACAGAAUGACUAGCUGCAACCACUGAGGCUGCAACCACCCAGACAGAUGACAGGGAGAGCCAGAUAGAUGAAAAAGAAGUAAAAGCAUUGACAAACAAAGAAAACAAUUUAGAACAAGAUGAAGCUGAAGUAUAUAACGUUCAUCAGCUAAUGGGUUUACUGGAUGGAAAGCCAACACUUACAGUCUAUGUAAAUGGCAAAAAGCUGCAAAUGUUGUGUGACACAGGAGCUUGUAAAACAGUGCUUAAGACAGAACCCCCUAAAACAACCUAUUCUAAUGAAGUGAUAAUUGUAAAAACAGCGUCAGGGCACGUAAAAACCCAGCCAUUAACAAUGCCACUGACAUUUUUGCAUAAAUCCAGCCAACGCUCCUGCUGCAUGCCAUGUAUAAUAGACCCAACCUGCCCAGUAAACUUAUUAGGAAGAGACGCAAUGACAAAACUAGGGAUAGGAGUUAUCCCCACAGGAACAAGCAUGACAGCUGAAAUAAUGUUAACAGAAGAAGACCCCUAUCAGAGGGAAGGAAAAGGAGAACCAAACUACUACUGGUCAUUAGAUUUGCCACAGCUUACACAGCUCAAAGAAGCAGCUGAAAAACAUCUCCCUUUAAGUGCUGAAAAAAUGAAGCCAACUGAGUAUCACAGCACUCUGCGCUAUAAACAAACCCCAGGCCCAGACCCUCUGUAUGAUAAACAGGUACACAGCCUAAAAAGCCCAUAUCUGACUUUGCAACAUUUAUAUGUCACAAAAAGCGGAAACGCAGUAUGCUCAGUGAUCCAACCAGACUCAGUAAGAAAACUGAAUAGGAUUACAAAACCCCAUGUGUCAGUGGCAAAAACAGCAGAUACACAAUGGUAUCAAUUAGGCAACAUCCUGCAAAAGGUAGAAAAUGAUAAAUAUACACCAACAGAGGAAGAGGGUUGGGCACGGGGUAAAAGAACAGGGUGCAUGAGAUACACACUUGGCUGGGUGAUGAGAACUACACCCAACGCUCAUCUGUACGACAGCACACAAGAAUGAGAAAUUUUCUCGCUGGAAGAAGAGCCAGCACUUAAAAGUUUACCUUCUACAUUGUGGUCGAAUGGACCAACUGAUGUGGGAUUAAUAAAGAAUGCAGACUCAGUAACAGUACAGACUGUUUCAUCCCACAGGCCCAUUAGACCACAAUAUCCUUUAUCUAAGGAAGCAAUGGAAGGGAUUAAGCCAGUGAUAAAAGAUAUGGAGAAAGCAGGAAUUUUAAUAAAAAAUCAUUCCGCUACCUGCAAUACUCCAAUCUUCCCAGUAAAGAAAGCUGAUACUGGAAAGUAUCGUUUGGUACAUGAUCUGCGAGCAAUAAAUGAAAUUACUAAAAUGAUACCUCCAGUAGUAGCAAAUCCUCACACUAUACUGAAUCAAGUCACUCCAAAAGAACAAUGGUUCUCAGUGAUAGAUUUAUCAAACGCUUUCUUCUCAGUGCCUUUACACCCUGACUCACAAUACCUGUUUGGCUUCACUUUUGAGGGACAGAGAUACACCUACACUAGGUUACCUCAGGGAUUUCAAAACAGCCCCACUCUCUAUGCUGAAGCUUUAAAGAAAUCAAUGAUGUCCUGCCUCCUGCCAGCAGGAGGACAGUUUCUACUUUAUGUAGAUGACAUUUUAGUGACUGGCCACACAGAGGAAGGGUGUAAACAAAAUACUAUGGCUGUGUUACGUCACUUGGCUGAGCAAGGCCAUAAAGUGUCCCUGA